AUGCCGCUAAUCACCGAUAUAUCUGAUCACCAUCUCCCUCGUCCUUCGUGCACCACCGACCCUCCCCCCAUUGCUAGCAAGCUCCUGCGCAAGCAGUCAACCCACAGCGACGUCGCCCGGUCCGUUCUGAUGAAUAACACCAUCCCGCCCUACCGACUCGACGGCAGCUCGCACCCUCCAGACCAGCGCCCGCCGUCCCGCCAGCUACCGGUCCGUCCGCCGCCGCAGACGCAAAGCCCGCGCAUCUAUGCCAACCCCACCAGUCGUGCCCCUGGCAUCCACGACGCCCACGAUGGGGAGCUGAGGUUGCCGCCGAGCGCCGCCGCCCACCAGCUUCACCAUGCCUUUGCCACCAACGGCGUCGGCCAUGCCUUGUCCGACACGCCCAUGCCCACUGCCCCGAGCAGCCCCCGGAUUCCGCCAAUCCGCCAGAACUCCGUCUCUGGAAGUUCCACCCCGCGCAUCCGCCCCACCACCCUCGACAUCCCCGGCCUGACCAAAUCCAAAGUUUCUCCUGAUGGCCGCAUCGCUCAGCGCGACCUGGGCGCGAAGCUGCUCAUUGUCAUGGUCGGCCUGCCCGCCCGUGGCAAGAGUUACAUCACAAAGAAGAUGGCCCGCUACUUGAACUGGCUGCAGCACGAGGCGCGCAUCUUCAACGUCGGCGAGCGCCGCCGCAUCGCUGCUGGAGGCGGAGGUACCCACAACCCAGCGCCGUCGCCCGGCGUCGAGAAGCGCCCGUUGGACUCGGUGCGGAGACAGAGCAUCACGACAACAGCGCCGCAGGGUGCCAUUGAUCAGAAGCAGCUGCUGGACCCGCCGCACUUGGCCGCGAAAAUUUUCGUCAACGGCGAAGCUGUGACUCAGCCGGAGAAGCCGGCGGAAAUGAAGGAACCGUCCAAGGAAGAGAAGGACCAGAGGUUUUUGGAGGCCGCCUUCCCUGAGUUGACCAAGGCUUCGACGCCCGAGGAGCUGCCCAGCACCGAGACGAUGGACCAGGGCGCAAAUUUCUUCGACCCCGGCAACCGCAAGGCCGCGCUUCUGCGUGAGCAGUGCGCUAUGGAAACCCUGGACGAGGCUAUGGAUUAUCUGAUCGAAGGCACCGGUUCUGUCGCCAUCAUGGACGCUACCAACAGCACUCUGGAGCGCCGCGCUGCGAUCAUCCGCCGCGUCCGUGACAGGUGUGGCGACGAGCUCAACGUCAUGUUCGUCGAGUCGCUCUGCAAGGAUGAGCGCCUCCUCGAGUCGAACAUGCGCUUGAAGCUCUCUGGCCCCGACUACAAGGACAAGGACCCCGUCGCUUCUCUGGUGGAUUUCAAGAAGCGAGUGGCGAUUUACGAAAAGGCCUACGUCCCGCUCGGAGAUUACGAGGAGAGAAAUAACACGGCCUACGUCCAGAUGAUCGAUGUUGGCCGAAAGGUCAUCUCGCAUCAGAUUCGAGGCUUCAUUGCCGCGCAAGCCGUGUACUACCUCCUUAACUUCAACCUGGCCCCUCGCAUGAUUUGGAUCACGAGACAUGGAGAGUCGAUGGACAACGUCGCGGGCAAGAUCGGCGGUGACUCGGACCUCAGCCCCAAUGGCCACCGCUACGGCAAAGCCGUCACAAGGUUCAUCAACUACCACCGCGAGAUUUGGCAACAGCACCAGCGUGAGAAGGUUCUCAAUUCGCACUUCCCGCCCCUUCCUGGAGACAUGUCGCCCCCGAACCCGUACUUCAUGACGCACAAUGACGUUCCGCAGAAGAGCUUUUGCGUUUGGACGUCGAUGUUGAAGCGCGCCAUCCAGACGGCCCAGUAUUUCGACGAGGAUGAGUUCGAUCUCAAGCAAAUGCGCAUGUUGGACGAACUCAAUGCCGGUUUCAUGGAGGGCAUGACGUACGAGGAGAUCAGGGACAAGCACGCGGAUGAGUUCCUUCUGCGCAAGAAGAACAAGCUGCAUUACCGCUACCCUGGCCCUGGCGGCGAGGGUUACCUCGACAUCAUCAACCGCAUUCGGCCGGUGAUUGUUGAGCUCGAGCGCAUGACUGACCACUGUCUGCUGGUCACUCACCGCAGCAUCGCACGUGUCCUGCUCGCGUACUUCCUUGGCCUUGACCGCAAAACGGUGGCUGACAUCGACUGCCCGCUCGGCAUGCUGUACAUGCUCGAGCCCAAGCCGUACGGCGUCGACUUCAAGGCGUACCAAUACAACCCCUCUUCGGACUGGUUCGACCACCUGCCCGACUACAAGCCGCGGCCUACGGCCGACGACCAUUAA